GCUGUUAAGCCUGAACCGUCGAAGCAGAAAGGGUAAUUUUUGAUAUUAUUUUAAUAGUUACUCUUUCCGCAGGCCUCGCAUUUGUUGGCGGUGUCUGCACAAGUACUUUUGUGAGUGAAGGUGAAGACACUCCUAUGACUUACGACGGAACCCAAGCGAUGGCUCAUGAGCUCGGGCACUUACUCGGGUCACCACAUGACGAUGGCUGGUCCAAAGAUCCAGAAUGCGCGUGGGACCAGGGAUACCUGAUGAGCUACGUGGACGGUGGAGUGAAAAGCUAUCGGCUUUCUAAAUGCAGUGAAGACAAGAUACGGAGCAUAUUCAAGAUGCUAAAACCCGAAUGCAUAGAGGUCAAGGCGAACCAAAACUAUCAGAAAGACCACAGGAAGUUCCCUGGCCAAACAGUGCGCGAAGAGUUCUAUUGCAAGAAGAUCUUGAAAAAACACAACGGAAACCGAAACAAGGUGAUUGUGAAAAAGGAUCCGCAAUUCACCAGGAGAUGCAAAAUGAACUGCUGCACUAGGCAUAUGAAUGGCCUUUACUGCAUCCGAGCAACCAUACCAGCUGGCAUGGCGUGUGACCGAGGAAAGACGUGCAAAAGAGGUGUCUGCGGAGUCCACACAUGGGAACAGUUCAAGUGACUUUGCACCUUCCGAAUCUAACUAUGGGCUAGCACAAAUGAAGUAUAAAUUUCUGAAAGAAUAAAUCACUUGCAUCG